UUUGCUAAAAACUCGAAAGCGUGAUGAACUUAAGAAGGUAGGAAAAGAGAAAAGUGCUCUAACUGAGAAGCUAAAGGUAACAGAGGCAGCUCGGAAAAGAUUUGAAGAAGAGUUGAAACGGUAUGCUACUGAAAAUGUAACUCGGGAGGACUUACGCAAGUCACUUGAGGAUCAAAUCAGGCAACUGACACAGACAGUAGGGCAGACAAAAGAAGAGAAACGAGAGAAAGAAGAUCAGAUUGCUCGGUGUGAAGCUUACAUUGAUGGAAUGGAAUCCAAACUCCAAGCUUGCCAGCAAUACAUCCACACACUAGAAUCCUCACUUCGAGAAGAGAUUUCAAGACAUGCGCCACUGUACGGUGCCAAUUUAGAGUCUCUAUCGAUGAAGGAACUGGACACAAUAGCUCGGAUCCAUGAGGAAGGGCUAAGACAGAUACAUGCCCUUCAACAACGUAAGGGACACACUUUAUCACAUGGUCUCCCUCAGGGUCACACACUUUACCCGACUACACCGCCUCAGCUUCCUCCAAUGGCGAUCGGUUUGCCACCUCAGCUUAUUCCUAAUGGUUCAGGGGUUCACUCAAACGGCCAUAUCAACGGUUCCGUCAGGCCUUGGUUUAGCCACCACACUUAAAAAAAAAAAACGUCUUUUUUCCAUAGGAAGACUACGACAAAAGUAUGAUGGCCUCUUGAGUUUGUUUUUGAGGUAAAAUCAAUCAAUCAAUCAACAUCAUCAAUGUUUAAUUUUCCUUAUAUAUUUAUUUUUCUCUGAGAUUUUCUGGGGGUCUUAUUUUGGCUGUGGCUCAAAGUAGAAGAUUAAUAAAAAAUAGAGGGAUGGGAUACGUAUGCACAAAUUUCACUGUGAAAGAAAAAAAAAAUGUUGUAAAAGCUGUUUUGCCGAUGGAAUCAACAGUUGCAAAGAGCCUUGUGCUUCUCUUUGUUUUUCUUUUUU